AGUGGGAAUUUAAAUCCAGAGAGAAAGAAGAGGAAACACACGGAAUCGAGAGGGUUCCUGCCGCCGGCCGACGGAUAUCGAACCAACUCGUGGAGUUUUCUACCGUCGGACAUCGGCCACUUUGGGAUCACGCAGUUAGCGUUAGCAUUCUGCGUCUAGUAGCUCGCAGCUGGCUGUUCCUUCUGGGGGUUAACGAUUUCCCAUUAGCGUUGCUGUUAGCUUGACUUAACAUUACCUAUUUAGCAUCAAACCAUUAGCGUUAGCGCUGAGUCCACGAGUCGGCUGGUUAACGUUGGCUGGCAUCAUGGAGCGCAGCAGCUGGAGCGGCAGCGAGAGCGCCGGGGAGGACAUGGACCGACUGAGCGACUCGGGGGGGGACAAGACCAUGGACGGGGACCCGGAGGGCGUCUGGAGCCCGGACAUCGAGCAGAGCUUCCAGGAGGCGCUGGCCAUCUACCCGCCCUGCGGCAGGAGGAAGAUCAUACUGUCGGACGAGGGGAAGAUGUACGGCCGAAACGAGCUGAUCGCCAGAUACAUCAAACUGCGAACAGGAAAGACGCGGACGAGGAAACAGGUAUCCAGUCACAUCCAGGUCUUAGCGAGAAGAAAAUCCAGGGAGUUUCAGUCCAAACUAAAGGACCAGGGCGCCAAGGACAAAGCUCUGCAGAGCAUCUCCUCCAUGUCCUCGGCUCAGAUCGUCUCCGCCACGGCCAUCCACAGCAAACUGCUGCCUGGGUUAGUGAGAGCCAGCUUCCCCGGCAACGCACAGCUGUGGCAGGGGAUGAUUCCCGGGGGACAGUCCAGCUCAGCCUCAGAAGACAUCAAGCCCUUCUCUCAGCAGGCCUACAACGUGCAGACAGCAGGGACCACCACCAUCACAGCCUACGAGCCCCCCCCUACUACCCAAUCACACAGAGAGCCGGCGUGGCAGGGUCGCUCCAUCGGCACCACCAAACUACGACUGGUGGAGUUUUCAUCUUUCCUGGAGACACAGAGGGACCAAGAGGCUUACAACAAGCACAUGUUUGUCCAGAUCAGCCAGAGCAGCCCGACCUACAGCGACCCGAUGCUGGAGUGUGUGGACAUCAGGCAGAUCUACGACAAGUUCCCCGAGAAGAAGGGCGGCCUGAAGGAGCUGUUCAGCAAGGGGCCGCACAACAGCUUCUACCUGAUCAAGUUCUGGGCGGAUCUGAACUACAGCGUGCACGACGACCCGGCGGCUUUCUACGGCGUCAGCAGCCAGUACGAGAGCUCGGAGAACAUGACCAUCACCUGCUCCACCAAGGUCUGCUCCUUCGGCAAGCAGGUGGUUGAGAAGGUGGAGACGGAGUACGCCAGGUUUGAGAACGGACGCUUCGUCUACAGGAUCAGUCGCUCGCCCAUGUGUGAAUACAUGAUCAACUUCAUCCACAAACUCAAACACCUGCCGGAGAAAUACAUGAUGAACAGCGUGUUGGAAAACUUCACGAUUCUGCUGGUGGUGAGCAACAGAGACACUCAGGAGACCUUGCUGUGUAUGGCGUGUGUGUUCGAAGUGUCCAACAAUGAACACGGAGCACAGCACCACAUCUAUCGACUCGUCAAGGAUUAACACACUUGUAGACACAGAGGAGACA